CAAAAUACCAUCCGGCAUUAGUAAAAAUGUGAAACAAUUUUCUAAUUGACAUAGUUUUGUUUGUUCAAAAUGUAAGCACCUUUUGGAAGUGAUUUUGAAAGCAAGAAUUUGAAAAUGAACAAAAAAGGCCUCAGGGAGGACCACUUCAUCCCGUCGGAAGUGGAAGAGGGAGACCACUUCAGAGGCGGAAGUGGACCAUUUCUCGAGGCUGACCCUUCGAGGUUCAAUCCAGAUACGCCAACCCCUUACACGUUCAACUGGCGAAAGAGGAAUGAAUGGGGGUCUCCGCCGGAGUUCGAGGAGGACGAGGGUAUCAUGGCGAAACACCCCUUGGAGGGAGUCAUCAUGACGUUUAUUGGAAGUAAAGAUACCUUCUACGAAGUAGACUGCAAAUACUAUUUGCUAAAUCUGAGGGACGAUCUCAAGAAGAAGGGGAUGUAUGAGAUUCCAUGGAAUUUCGUAGUUGGUGGGGAUGGUACGGUAUACACGGCUAGAGGGUGGGACAGACUGCCCGAGCCUCACCCUGAGGAACCGGAAAUGAAUGGGAAGAGCAUUGAAAUCGGACAUUUUGGCACCAGAGGUACACUUCCACCCAACGAAGCACAGAUUGCCUCAGCUUGGGAAGUGGUCGAAUAUGGAAUAAAAGAAAAGUAUCUCAUACCCGAACCAGAAAGAAGUUCAUUCUUCUACGCAUAAAAGUUACAGCAAAAUAAAUAAAUUCUGUCAAAUGUGUAA